GGGACGCAGAGCCUCGUUGCACACAAGCCUGCACACCAGCAGUCCGACUAUACGCCCAAUUUAUUUUUAAUUGAGCCCUUUUUACUCCCGCUCGCGGACAGAACGAAGGACUUAGUUUGUUCUCCUCCUCCUGUGACGCUUGAGGGCAUCACACUGAGCAGGCUGCAGGACUAGGAUGACUGGGAAGACCCAGACCAGCAACGUGACCAACAAGAAUGACCCGCGCUCCCUCAACUCCCGCGUCUUCAUUGGAAACCUGAACACGGCCGUGGUGACCAAGGGCGACAUCGAAGCCAUCUUCGGCAAAUACGGCAAAAUUGUGGGCUGCUCGGCGCACAAAGGCUACGCCUUCGUCCAGUACGCCAGUGAGAGGAACGCCAGGGCAGCCGUGGCCGGGGAGAACACCAGGGUCGUCGCGGGACAGUCCCUAGAUAUUAACAUGGCAGGUGAGCCAAAACCAUACAGGCCUAAGAUGGCCUCCAAGAGGCCUCUGUCGUCCCUCUACAGUGGCUACGAGUUUGACUAUGACUACUACAGAGAUGAUUUCUACAGCAGACUCUUUGAGUACCACGGCCGCGUGGCGCCCCCGACCCGCGCUGUGAUCCCCAUCAAACGUUCGCGGCUGGUCGUCCCGUCCACACGCAGAGCCAAAUCCUCCUUUCCAGUCAGGGCCUGUUCCUCCUCCUCCUCCUCCUCCUCUUCCUCGUCCCGAGCGCUCAAUGUCGGCUCUUCCACAACACACCCUAAACUGAAGACGGACCAGCUGCUAACGAUCAAGAAGGAGCUGUCACAGAUCAAGACCAAGAUCGACUCGCUGCUCGGGAGGCUGGAGAGGAUUGAGAGGCAACAUCGCCCUGACGGCGACGUGCAGAGGAAACAAGGGGAGACGUGUGAGUGUCUCCAUGGUGACGCAGCGCACCAUUCUGGUGGACAGGAGGUGGGGGGGGCAGCCGAGGUUGAGGCGGGAGAGAUGACGGACGGCGGUGACGAUGACUAUGAGGACGAAGACACCGGCGAGCUGAUAGAAAACCACAUAUCGGACAUUGACAACUGAGUAAGUUGGGGAAAAGGGGAGCCCAAAGUACAAGAGGGAAGGACAGAUGCCAGCAAAACCUUCUUGAUCAAGAAGGUGUAUUCAUCGUUUAGGGAAAGCGAUGACUGAAGUGACUGAGAGCAGAGGAAGAGUUUUGCAAACUUGUUUUUUUUUUGCUUGUUCGCCUCAUUAGAACAUGUCACUCCUGAUGUAACUGCAGGCUAGGAACAUUGUCCAGACAACCUGAUCAAGAUCACCUGGAAAGGGAAAUCUGUAAUUCCCCUUGUAGCUGCUUUCCUCUCUGGAAAGUAAGGAUAUUGUAUUCCUAAUCUAAUGUAUUGUACAUAAAAAUACAGUUGUGUUGUCCAUCCGAUCACCCACGAAACGCGCUCUUUUGUUGGAAUGUUUUUUCUGUUUAUGUGCAUUGUGCAAGUGGGAAGAGCCACGGAGCUGGCAGAGAGAGAAACGACUUAUUCUUUAACUUAUUUCGCUUUGUUUGUAAAUUUAACUGAAAUGUAAUUUAUUCAGUGUUGUAUGCAUAUAAUGUUUGUCAUCUGUUGUACAUGAUACAAUGCAUUUUGAAUUCUGUAUUCUGUUCAUAGUGGACCAAAACGUCAUAUUUUUACUAUCAGCGCGGUAAAAAGUGUGGCUAUUAUUAUAGAUCAUUUGUAUUCAUUGCAUCUGGUGCACAGCUAUGGAUGACAGAAGUUUUUGAAAAUAAAUCCGUUCCUCCUAAAAACA